GCGGAUAGGGCGAGUUUCCUCUUUUUACACUCGCAGCGCGUUUGGCUCCGCGUCGUCGCCAUGAAAACGAAGCUGGAGGUAAGUGUGAAACGAGGACUGCUCUUUGCUGGUACUGUAGUCGCUCUGGUCUAUAUCUUCUUCGUCUUCGUUUUCGUCUUCGUCUUCGUCUUUCUAUCUCCCGCCUCUGCUUCUUUGAGUUGGAUAUCGACUGUGUAGCGGCUUUAGCGCAGAGAUGCCGGAGGGAGUGUGGCGUCGAAGGAGUUGGAAGAGUCUGGUAUUGGAACAGUUCCAUUUAUAAGGCUUGUUUUCUUGGGGCUAGUCGAUUGGAAAGUGUGGUGAAUAUGCUGGGAAGUUAUCAUGGCAUGAAAUAAUUGUGCAGCUUUUUGGAAAUUAGGACAAUCUUGCAUCCCUGGUAGGUUUUUCACAAUUGUUGGUCGAAGAUGGUGGAGGGUCCAAAGUUUUCUGGAAUUAUAGGAGGCCACAAUAACAACAAUGAUAACAACUUCUAUGAUUUAACUCAAGGGUUUUACCAAAAACUUGGCGAGGGUUCAAACAUGUCCAUAGAUAGUUUACGGACGAGCAAUGCUGGUGGAUCCAUCUCAAUGUCUCUGGACAAUAGUAGUGUUGGGUCAAACGAUUCUCUUACUCACAUCUUGAGCCAUCCAGGUUUACGACCCAUCGCCCAUGAGUAUUCCAUAGGACAUAGUGUCCUCCGCCCAGGAAAGGGCAAGGUUACCCAUGCUUUAAAUGAUGAUGCAUUGGCUCAAGCAUUGAUGGAUAGUAGGUACCCAACUGAGGGGCUUCAAAAUUAUGAUGAGUGGACGAUUGAUUUGAGGAAACUUAGCAUUGGGAUGGCAUUUGCACAGGGUUCUUUUGGGAAGUUGUACCGAGGAACAUAUAAUGGUGAAGAUGUGGCAAUUAAGUUAUUGGAGACCCCAGAGAAUAGUCUUGAGAAAGCACUUGUGAUGGAACAGCAGUUCCAGCAGGAGGUGAUGAUGUUGGCUACGCUUAAGCAUCCGAAUAUUGUUCGAUUUAUUGGUGCAUGCCGUAAACCAAUGGUUUGGUGCAUUGUUACUGAGUAUGCAAAGGGAGGUUCUGUUAGGCAGUUCCUAAUGAAGAGACAGAAUCGAUCAGUGCCAUUGAAACUGGCAGUGAAGCAGGCCUUGGAUGUUGCAAGGGGGAUGGCAUAUGUGCAUGGGCUGGGAUUCAUUCACAGGGAUUUGAAGUCAGAUAAUCUUUUGAUUUCAGCUGAUAAGUCAAUAAAGAUUGCUGAUUUUGGGGUUGCACGGAUUGAGGUACAAACUGAGGGAAUGACACCGGAGACAGGAACAUACCGUUGGAUGGCUCCUGAGAUGAUCCAGCAUAGGCCCUACACACAAAAGGUAGAUGUAUAUAGCUUUGGGAUUGUCCUGUGGGAGCUCAUGACAGGCCUGCUUCCCUUCCAAAACAUGACUGCUGUGCAGGCAGCAUUUGCUGUGGUGAACAAGGGGGUUAGGCCAAUUAUCCCAAAUGACUGUCUUCCUGUACUAACUGAAAUCAUGACUCGCUGCUGGGAUGCUAACCCUGAAGUCCGCCCACCCUUCACCGAGGUCGUUAGAAUGCUGGAGAAUGCAGAAACUGAGAUCAUGACCACCGUCCGCAAGGCCCGAUUCAGAUGUUGCAUCUCCCAACCAAUGACCACCGACUGAUACAGAAUAGAAGACAGAACACAUGUUAUAAUGUUUGAAAAAGAGCAAGUAUAUGGUUACUACAUGGAGUAUGUAAUUAUCAGUGUUUUAUUUUUUCGAGAUAGAGGAGGAAUAGGUGACAUAAUUGUUGGUUUCUGGUUUUUGUCAUAUAUUUGUACUAGACCAUUGGUGCUGAUGUUAGUAGUGAGACUUCUUAUAGAGCUUCUACAUGUAACUUUCUAUAUAGCUCUCAUGUCGUCAAGUGAACAAAAGGAGGUUCACCCUUGAUGUCGUCCAUCUCCCUACUUACUAGUUGUUUGAUGAGGUAUCCCAUGUCGUGUCCAAUUCCACUUGAAUAUGAAUGACAUUAUUUUUUCUUCC